CCCUUCUGACCCGCUUCCAUGUCUGCAUCAAAUCUACCCUCCUUUUCCUUCAUCUCCCACCUCCCCUUUUCUCUGCCUUUUUAAUUCUCAAAACUUCUUUUCCACCUUAUAUAAUCCACAAUGUUCAUUCUUUCUCUACACACCCAUUUCCUCUCUUUUCCCUGAGAUUUGAGGCUUCUUCUUGUUUCUGUCUUUGUGUUUUUCAUUUAAACCCUCUUUCAAUCACCUCCUAUUCUUCUUCAGCCAUUGAAUCAUGUAACUGUUUUUCCUUUUUUGAGUUUGAGUUUGAGGUUUUACAGCCCCCUUUUUGUUGUUAUGGCAAUGCCAUAGAAGAACCCCAGUAGUUGAAGUUUAAGUUGAAGUUGGUUUUUGCAUACUCAUCAUCAUUGUGAAGUUGAUUUUUUAAGUGAAGGAAGAAGACCCAUUUUGAAAUUAUGGAGGAAACUUUUGUUCCUCUUCGUGGAAUCAAGAAUGACUUGAAAGGGAGAUUAGUGUGUUACAAACAAGACUGGACUGGUGGUUUGAGAGCUGGAUAUAGGAUUUUGGCUCCCACCACUUACAUAUUCUUUGCCUCUGCAAUUCCUGUCAUUUCGUUUGGUGAACAGUUGGAGAGAAGUACUGAUGGGGUACUGACUGCAGUUCAAACCUUAGCCUCCACAGCUCUUUGUGGGAUCAUUCACUCUAUUGUUGGAGGGCAACCUUUGCUCAUCUUGGGAGUGGCAGAGCCUACUGUUAUUAUGUAUACCUUCAUGUUUAAUUUUGCGAAAGAACGACCUGAGUUAGGCAGGAAUUUGUUUCUAGCAUGGAGUGGAUGGGUGUGUGUUUGGACUGCAGCCUUGUUGUUCUCAAUGGCUAUCUUAGGAGCUUGUUCCAUCAUCAAUAGGUUCACACGACUGGCUGGUGAACUGUUUGGUUUGCUUAUCGCAAUGCUUUUCAUGCAGCAAGCGGUCAAAGGACUUGUGGAUGAGUUUCAAAUCCCUGAACGAGAGAAUCCAAAACUGAUCGAGUUUAUACCGUCUUGGAGGUUUGCCAAUGGGAUGUUUGCUUUGGUACUAUCAUUUGGCCUUCUAUUCACUGCUUUAAGGAGCCGGAAAGCACGGUCAUGGCGAUAUGGAUCCGGUUGGCUCAGAAGCUUGAUAGCAGACUAUGGAGUACCGCUCAUGGUUCUUGUUUGGACAGGUAUUUCUUAUAUACCUUCAAAAAGUGUCCCAGAAGGAAUCCCAAGGCGCCUCUUCAGCCCCAAUCCAUGGUCUCCUGGUGCGUACGAGAAUUGGACUGUUAUUAAGGAUAUGCUUGAGGUUCCAGUUAUUUACAUAUGUGGAGCUUUCAUCCCGGCUACAAUGAUUGCAGUGCUUUACUAUUUCGACCAUAGUGUUGCAUCCCAACUUGCUCAGCAGAAAGAGUUUAAUUUGAGGAAACCAUCUUCUUACCAUUAUGAUUUACUUCUAUUGGGAUUCUUGACCUUAAUAUGUGGUCUUCUUGGAAUCCCUCCAUCCAAUGGAGUUAUCCCCCAAUCUCCCAUGCAUACAAAGAGCCUGGCUACUCUCAAACAUCAGUUGCUGCGGAAUAAACUUGUAGAAACAGCACGGAGUAGUAUGAGAAAGAAUGCCAGCUUAGGACAGUUGUAUGGAAGUAUGCAACAAGCAUAUCAACAAAUGCAGACCCCCUUGAUCUACCAACAGCCUUCAGUUCGUGGACUGAAUGAGCUAAAAGAGACAACCAUUCAAGCAGCUUCUAGUAUGGGCAGUUUUGAUGCUCCAGUCGAUGAGACAAUGUUUGACAUUGAAAAGGAAAUUGAUGAUCUAUUGCCUGUUGAGGUGAAAGAACAGCGGGUCAGUAAUUUGCUUCAAGCGGCAAUGGUGGGAGGAUGCGUUGCAGCCAUGCCAGUCCUGAAGAUGAUCCCGACCUCGGUUCUAUGGGGUUACUUUGCUUUUAUGGCCAUUGAAAGCUUGCCUGGUAACCAGUUUUGGGAAAGAAUCUUGUUGCUCUUUACUGCACCCAGCAGAAGAUACAAAGUUCUUGAGGAUUACCAUGCGACUUUCGUCGAAACUGUGCCAUUCACAUCCAUUGUACUUUUUACCAUUUUUCAAACAGUAUAUUUGUUCAUAUGUUUUGGACUAACAUGGGUUCCGAUUGCUGGGGUGAUGUUUCCUCUGAUGAUCAUGCUCCUCGUCCCUGUAAGACAAUACCUUCUUCCCAAGUUUUUUAAAGGUGCGCAUCUCCAAGACCUUGAUGCUGCCGAAUAUGAAGAAGCUCCGGCUUUACCGUUCAAUCUUGCGACGGAAGCCGAGCUGGGAGCAGGAGCAUCUUUUGGUGGGGAUGGAGAGAUCUUGGAUGAGGUCAUCACCCGAAGCCGUGGUGAGUUUAGGCGUAUUAGUAGUCCUAAAAUCACAAGCUCCACGGCAACACCAAUAUCUGACAGAAAAAGUAUAGACAGCCCUCAUCGCUCUUUCAGCCCUCGGUUGAGCGAGCUAAAAGGAGAGCACAGUCCUCGAGCCGGUGGACGAGGGACACCGGGUCAGAGGAGUGCAGAAGCUAAACCAUCCAGUCUGGGGAAGAGCCCUCUUAAUAACACAGCAUCAAAGUAGAUGCUGAAAGAAACUUGUAGAAUUCAUCCUCUGAUAAGAAGUUUUAGAUAAGUUUGAUAUGAUAUAUUGUUAAAUUUGUAACUUGGAGUAAUGUUCAUUUUUCUUUAGCAUCUUUGUAUAGUCUUCUUUCUUCUGCUCUUGGCUUCUCUUUGCAAGAACAGAUCGCUUCAUAAAAGUUGCCAUCCUCUUAAGAUUUGUAGUAAUUCAAAGUGUGUUUUUGUUUAAUGGUUUGUCAUAAAUUUCAUCAGGUUUUUGUUAGAUAUGAAUAUGCAUUUGUUGGAAGUAUUUCAGUGGAAUCAAAUCUCUCAACACUAUUUUUAGCA